CGCGUUGGCACUUCAGUUAGAGUGAUCAAGUAGCUCCGGCCCCCAAGAAAGCAUCAUGCUACAACGGUCGGAGUACCAUGCAUGGGAACAAAAUGAUUGUGGCCAUGUGUGUUCAAAGAUGCUCCACAAGAGAAAAUGCUCAGAAGAAAUCUCCUCACUCUGAUACUCUAUUCUCUUGUGCCCUUCGUCGCCUCGCAAAGCUCCAACAUACCAAGUAACCUUCCUGAAACGACGGGGGAGGUCAAUAUCAGCGGCAGUAGCCUCAUAAAUGCACCUAAAGACGCCGUGUGGGAUGCCGUUCUAGAUUUCUCAGCCUAUCCGGACUGGAAUCCCUUCGUUCGUUCCCAGCUUGUUGCUAACGAAUUCGCCAUCCCACUCAAAAACCAAACUGCCUUUGUAGGCGCUAAACUCAUCAUAACGAGCCAAAUUCCCCCCCUCCCACAGCCUGUCGACGCCUCCACCGCACCGAAUUUACUAACGCAACAUAUCACGAUCGAAGAGAUCACGGUGAUUGAUAUCGAGAACUAUCGUGUGGCGUGGGUUCUGGUUUCUCCCGACUGGAUUUUGAAGACGAUUCGCCGGAGUGCUGUGAGCACGGUGAUCGACAGUGAUGGAGUGGAGAAGUCGUAUUACGAGUCGAGAGAGACAUUCAAUGGCCCUCUGGCAACCGCAGUGAACGACUUGGUUGGAGAUGAUUUAGCGAAAUCCUUUCAGGCACAGGCGGAUGCAUUGAAAGUGUGGAUGGAAGCCUAACUACCAUGCGCCGAUUUUAUUAUUUCAACAGUUAUUCACAUCAUCCGAAGAACCCGUUCUAACAUAGUACAAUCCACCGUGCACCCUCCUUUUAUCCGCA